ACACGAAUUUCUCAAAUUGAAAAUGAUUGCAACAAAAACUUGUCCUGAUCUCCUCUUUAUGCUUAAGGUCGCCACCCAUAUACUUAUUUAAUGGCUAAUGAAUUGUUAAUACGGCAGAGUAGUCCUGGUCCCAAACAUACUCCCAGUCCUCUUCUAAGGAGAGUGCCGUCGUGGAAGAAAUUACUUUAUUUGAAACAAUCAUAUCCAGAUAAUUACACUGAUAAAUCAUUCUUAUCUCAAUUGAAGAGAAACACUACGGUGGCUAAAUAUUCUUAUUUCAAUCUAGUUGAUGAUUUCUGCUUGAUUCUAUUAUACAUAUCUAGUUUAUUAUUGGUGGUGUUAAUGUUCUCAGGUAUUUAUCUUCACCGAUGGAAUUCAAUUUUACCAACUAUUGUUAGCAGUAUAUUUUCUAUACUUGGGUUUGGUAUAGUUCAAAUAUAUGAUAAGUCAGUUAAACCAUCCACUAGGCCAUCUCAAUCUAGUGAAUUGAAUUUGAAAUCGUUUAUUCUUAUCAUAUUUAUCUUAUUGAUUCUUUCACCCAUAUUAAAGUCAUUAACUAAAUCAGCCGCAUCAGAUUCUGCUUGGGCUCUUUCAUUUGCAUUAUGUUUAUGUAAUACCAUAUUCCACGACUAUUCAAUGAAUUCAUCUUUCAUUCAUGGUAAACAAUCCCAACAGAUAUUUUCUCAAUAUAAACCAAUAUUAUCUACCAAUAUUUCCUUAUCUAAUGCUAUUGUAUUAGCAUCUAGAUUAACUUCUACAUCUCAGGUUUUCUUCUUCAUCUUAUUUGCAGUUCAGAUUAAUAUACUACUUCCUUUAUUGGACUUCAACAUUCGAAGACUAAAAUUACACAUCUUACAUUAUUCAUUGUUAUUUGUAUUAUUCAAUUUAGUUAAUUAUUUAAUCUUUACAUUACUAGGGUCAAAAAUUCUUAUAUAUUGGUUUAUCUGUGUUUUCUUCAUUGUGUUUGGAAUGCCAUCAUACUUUUUAUUCCUUCAAAGAUAUAAAAAUGAAUUACAAGGUCCAUGGGAUAUGCAUAAACCUAUUAUCAAUAAAAAUUAGACUAUAAAUAUUUUAAUAUUUUGUAUAACAUUAAUAUAUAUCCUUUUUCAUUAAUGGUACUAACUAAGUCCCUUUAAAUAUAGAAAAAGUUCCUAAAAAUAUAGUCAAUUAGUUAGCUCGCUAUAUAUCGCAUACAAACACAAUAGCAUUUCAUAAAACUUACUCUAUAAUCUUGUAUCUCCCCAGUAUAUUAAUUGCAAUUGUAAUUGUAAUUGCUAUUUAAAAAUUUAUAUCUGAUUUUCAUGGUCGUGUGGAUUUACAAAAUAUUAUUUCGAAUUAUUUGACUGAAUAAAAAACAUAUCAGAGAGCUAUCUGAUUAUAAAGGGUUAGUUGAUUCAAUUAAUCAUUCCAUACAUCAUC